AUGGACCUUUUCAAGAUAUUGGACACGGUUCCAGAGCCUGCCAUUGUUGAUGCUCGAACAAUGGGCGUUUCAGGCGACGUCUCUGGCGAUUACUGGCUUCCAGCGCCGAUGUGUCUUUACCAAAAAGAGUUGAGCGAGCAGAUCGUUUCACUGCAUUACUCGGACAUUUUGAAGUACUACGAGACAGAAGAUUACAAUACAGACGUGGUGCUGUACUCCAUGGGAACUAUGUGUCUUAACAGCCAAUACGUUGCGACACACCCGUACCUGCUGAUAGACCACUGCGUACCGAAAUCGCUGAUCACCAAGGACAUCCCGAACCAUUUGGCAGAAACGAGUGGGAAGUUUGCAGUUUUAAAAGAUCUGAUCAGUCUCAUCCAGGAUUACAAGACAGAAACAGCACUGGUAUGCCGAUCUGGCAGAACCAUGGAUCUUUUGGAAGCGCUGCUUCUUGGCAAUAAAGUCAACAUUAAACGUUACUCUGGUCAGUGCAUCAAAAUUAAGCAAAAACCUAGAAAACACUCGUGCACAUGCCAUCUUUUCCCCUCGGACGAGUUGCCUGGAAAUUCCUCCGUUUUCGACAUCGACCCCGCUAUUCAUUUCGAUCUUUUAUUGUGUUUAGACCCGUCCGUUGACAUAUCAAAGCCGCACGUCCAGCAGAUCCUCACCCAAAAUAGACCCCAGAAAGGCCCGGAACAAAAGGCACCGGUAAUGCGACUCACCACGAUCAAUUCCAUCGACCACUGCGAAUUAUACCACAGCAAGUUUUUGAAACCUGGCUCGAGAGAAUAUUUGGUCAAGGUCACUGCUGCUGUGGUAGCUCUUCGUGACAUAGUAGGAACUUUGCCACCAGACCUUCGGCCCAUAUACUCCCAAGGUCUGAAGUACAUGCGCGAGUGGCUCGAAGAUCCCAGUAUACCUUGGCCCCUACCAGAUAUUUAUCCAAUAAAAACCUACACCCCCAUGGAUGUUGAAAAAUCUCUGCUAACAGAAGUUCGCUAUAGCCAAGUUGACGAUGUUCUUGCUCAGGCUUUGAAAAAUGGUCGCAAACGUGGCCGCAAGCCCAACUCAGCGUUUUUGAAGGAUUCACAGACCCCUUCUUACUACGAAGUGAAGAGACUAAAAAAUGACUAUUCCACAAACUCGCUUAAACAAGAUAUGGCACAGCUCACGGGUAUCACAAACGCUAAAAAUGGCGGCGCAGCAAAUUACCAUCUCUCGGGUGGUCAACUUACUCACAAACUUAUACAGGCCAUCGGAGAGGCCUACAGCAGACUCCGAAGACAAACUUCUGAGCUAAAUGACUUUCAUGCUGCAGAUAAAAGUCAAGCUCUACGUGCGAAAGUUAGCCAAGCAGAGUACGACGACAUUAAGGACAAAGCUCAUGUAGCCGGGAAAGAUCACGCAAUAAAUAUACAAGAAAGUGCUAGGCUGAUAAGUCGGGUAGAGGGUGUGAAUUACGAGAUAGAUCGCACUGAAAGUCAAAUUAAGCAGCUUCUCGGAGUUGCACGGGAGAAAGGGCCUGAGUAUGAGAAUUUAGUAGACCUUCUCCAUCAGAUUGCAGAAACUCAAGAGGAAGUUGAGGAGCAAAGGAGAUCAGCGGACUCAAAGGCAACAGAAGAGAAGUAUAUGACAGAGGAGCUGAUAAGAGCAGAACAAGCUAUCACAGCAUUUGAAAAAGAGGAGGAAGAACUUUUACAAGAAAUAAAAGAGCUGGAAAAACAGAUCGACAAUGGGCUUGUUGAAGACCAAGUGCUGUCUCGAAAAUCGCAUGAUAGAAUACAAAAAUUGAGAUCGCAGAUAAAUGAUGAGAAAGCUAUUUUAGAGACCGUGGAGAAACAGAUGGAGACCUUGACUGAACAGUUAAAAAAAAUACCCUACUCAAGAGUUCGAUCAGCAAAUCCAGUGCAAAGCUCCAAGCAUAGACAUCAUAUGAAACACAAAAAGUAA